AUGGAAGAAUUCCAGUCAAAGUAUUCAGACUCUAACUUAUUCUUUGAUGGAAUCAAGAAUAUGUACGACACAAGGGAUUAUACCAAAGAUAGAAGAAACAAGAAGCUUGAAGUAAGCAGUGGAAAGAAGGAACCCAAGGAAAAGAGACAAUUUUUGAGCGAAGAGGACAAGGAGAUAGUCUUUCUCAUCCGAAAUAGGGAUGUGGCAAAUCCAAGCAUCAGAAAGAUCGAUUCUGACAACGGCUAUGUGGGGAGAUUUGUGAGAUAA